CUACUUACAAACAAAACAACUAAAAAACGCAUUUGCUUCACACUGUAGUCUUAAUUCCCCAAACAUUUUAAAGUUAAUUUCAUAGUAUUUUAGAUGUUUAAAUAAGAGAAAAUAUCAGAGCUGUUGAUUGCCGACUGCAGAUGUGCAUCCAGCUGCUGAUAAAUUACAGCAAGGCAAGAAAAAAACCUGUGACAAAGGCUGGGCCUGCCGGCUGCUUUUCAGACAGGGCGAUGGUUUGCCUAUUUGAAAAGGGACCGAGAUAAGAAUUUGCAUGAUAUGCCUGGUAAGAGGCACAUAGCAGGCGAGGGGCACGGCAGUGUUGGGGAUCACACGCUCUGUGGAGACCUGCCGAGGGGAUUUCAUCAUGUCGGCCUACAAAGCAGACGGGACGCUGGCGUGCCUCCUCCUGGCCGUGCUGGUGGGCGCGGAGGUGCAGGAGACCAUCUCGCCGGAGUGCAAGCAGUUCCUGUACAUGGGGACGCUGCCGCGGGGGCUGGAGGAGCAGCCCUUCAAGAAGAUCUGCCAGUUCUACGCCGGCAGGCCGCGGUUCUUCACCCUCUACGACCCCGUCGGCCACAUCCCCGUCUACUCCGCCUACACCUUCAAGCGCUCGGACGGCUCCAAGAAGAUGGAUGUGCCCUGGAUGUAUGAGCCGCAGCUCUCUCUGGUGUCCGGCUCCAGAGAGAUGCAGCAGUUCCCCUCGGAGCACGUCCACAAGAGCUUCGAGGACUCCCAGGCCGUGCUGGAGGACUACUCCGACACCGUGAUCUUUGAGCGCGGCCAGCUGAACCCCGACGAGCACCAGGCCGACCCGGACGACAAGGCCGCCACCUACACGCUGACCAACGUGGUGCCCCAGGCCCGGGAGUUCAACGUGGGGCCCUGGAACCAGCACGAGCACGCCGUGCGCAGGAGGCUUAACAACUACUGCCGGGGCACCGCCUUCGUGGUCACCGGGGUCACCGCCUCGGGCCACGCCAUCCGCCGGCGGAACGUGGACCGCCUGGGCAUCCCCACCUACCUGUGGUCGGCCUACUGCUGCGCCGACUUCGACCGCAACGCCCCGUUCGCCGAGCGCUCCAAGUUCCCCGCCUUCGCCGCCCACGGCCUCAACGACGGGGAGAACAACCGGGUCCAGGAGAUGACGGUGCGGCAGCUGGAGGACUUCCUGAAGCGGGUGACUUACGUGGGCGCCUCCUUCCAGAUAUUCUACGACAACUGCGUGCCUCCCAGCAGCGCGGCGGAUUCGCCCUGAGGAGCAAAACCCGGGCCCACUCUCGGAUGGGGUAGAGGUGAUGAUGAUGGUCAUGGUUAAAUAUUGGCAGCUGAAAUAACAUUAAAGAGAAAAAGCAUUUUCCCCCCCCCGAGAGGCUGUCGUUUCUCUCCACUAACACCCAGAGUUACUUAAUGUUUGAACUAAGUUUUAAUCUGUUAGUGAAGGCUAUUUAUACACAAGUUAUCAAUUGAAAACGGAUGGUUGAAAA